AUGACCGUGUCUGCUCCCGUCAGGUUAAUUCCCAGUCCUCCAGAUCUCUUCAUGAACUUCUCCAGGAUGUCCAACACCUUGGUCAUCUGCGUGAAAAUCAACACCCGGUGUCCCUUUGGGAUCAGAUCCAGCAGCAAACUCGACAGUUUCUGCAGUUUACCACAGUCGUACUGCAAAAGCGAUUUGUCCGGGAACGUCACCGACAACUUAAUCUGCGCCUGGUGGAACGGAUUGUCCAGCUGCUGCUGCCGUAUCUCGGCUUGCACCUGGUCAGGAAUCUCCAAGUCAAUUGUGUUCUGGGUAACCACCUUGGGAGUGACAAAGGCAUACUUUUCGACAGUGUCAGUCAGCGAUUGGGCCCUCGUGGAAACAGACUGCACGAUCUUGAGUUCUUCCAGCUGGUUGAAGUUUUCCUUGCUGAACCGUUCAAAUUUCACCAAAUCCAACAGGUUCGACGAGUUGUCAAACUUGGGCUCAACAGGCUUCAAAUCAGCCUCCAGUUGCUGGAUCUGCUCCUUAAACAAUUUGGAAGCUGAAACUUCUCUUAAACUGUCCGCGUUGAACGAAUUCCAGCUAGAAUCCCGCGUUGGAGUCAGGUUCAAGAAACCAAGGUCAACCGACGGUUUCUGCGAUCUCCUAAGAUGGCCGCGAACAACCAAGUCGCUCAGCUCGAAACUGGAAGCAACGUUCUUCUCCAUUGCCAAACUCGUCAAGAUCGGUCUCACCUCGAACAAAUCUGGAUGGUUGCAAACUUUUCUCAACUGCAUCAAACAAUUGAUGAUACUUAAGAAGUUUCCGCUGGCAAGUGUCUCUCUAGUCUGCGCUCUGCUCAUGAAAUCAUCGUACAACAGUCUCUGUCUCUUGGAAAGACGGCAAUAA